AGUUGGUGACUGAGGUGGAAGAAGAGGCGAGCACGUUUGGUUGGCGGCGGACACCCCCCCACCCAUCUCCUCCAAAACCCCCAUCCGCUCACUGAGAAGGGAAGAGAGAGAGAUAAAAUCGAUGGCGAGUGGCGGCGGCGACAACGGCGGCGGCGCGGGCGACGCCGAGUUCUACCUGCGGUACUACGUGGGGCACAAGGGCAAGUUCGGGCACGAGUUCCUCGAGUUCGAGUUCCGCCCCGACGGCAAGCUCCGCUACGCCAACAACUCCAACUACAAGAACGACACCAUGAUCCGCAAGGAGGUCUUCGUCUCCCCAUCCGUCCUCCGCGAGGCCAGGAGGAUCAUUCAGGAGUCCGAUAUUAUGAAGGAGGACGACAGCAACUGGCCGGAGCCCGACCGCAUCGGGCGCCAGGAGCUCGAGAUCGUCAUGGGCAACGAGCACAUCUCCUUCACCACAUCCAAGAUCGGCUCCCUCGUCGAUGUCCAGUCCAGCAAGGACCCGGAGGGCCUCCGGAUCUUCUACUACCUCGUCCAGGAUCUGAAGUGUUUUGUGUUUUCACUCAUCAACCUCCACUUCAAGAUCAAGCCGAUUCAGUCCUGAGCUCCAUUCCAUGCUGUCUCAUAUUUGUGUUAUGUGAGAAGUGAGUGUUUAAGAGAGAACCAUGUACCAUGUAAGAUCCUAUUUAGUUUGUGAUGAUGCACUCGGGUUUUGUGGAGCACUGGGUGGAAGUGGGACUUUGAGUUUGCCUGGGGUUGCUGUUUGGAUUGUGCAAACUGCCAGUAAUGAUAUUUAUUUUCCUUUUCCAGUUUCCUGUUAGGUGGAGUCUUCUUGUUAUCAGCCAAUUGUUAAGGUCGUUUGGCACACCAGUCUUUCCUGUUGUUUUGUGCUGAACCUCCUGUGACAUUAUCAUCAGUGCUCUGCGGAAGGUGGCGCGACACAGUAACAGGUGCCGACCUGUGGUGAUCCAAGUCCAGCCAAUCGCCAUCACAGGGUAAAAUCUGCUGUGCAUUUCUGUAGUGGGUUGGCUGUAAAAAAUGAUUGGAUUCAUCAAAGAUAACUGCAAGGAAACAUUGUUUUGUAAAGCUGAA